CAAAUUUAAAAUUGUAAUUGGAUAUUCAACAACGGCAACAGUCAAAAGUCAAACUAUGUGUUUCUCUCUCUGUUUUUUUUUUUUUUUUAGAAAGUUCAAGCUACCACACAUCUUCUUCGCUCUGUUAUCCCAAGCUCUAGCGUUUGGGUCAAACGAGUCAAUGUAGAUCAAACUUGCGGGAAUGAGCUUCUUUCACGAUUGAUUAAGUUUGUUAGGAUGCGCCUGUUUUGAGGGAGGUGUUUAAACACAGUGAAGCGAAGCCAUUUGAGGUGUUGUUGCACGGUAUCUCGAUACCAUAUAGGGCGUAGCUUGUCGGAAUUUAUUCUUGGAAGUGUUGGUCUACUGAAAAUUCCUUCUCAUACUUUUAUAUAACUUUACUUGGUCUCUCAUACUUUUAUCACUUCAAAUAUUGAAUAGUCAAGUAUGAUGCUAAUUUUUCCAAAUUUUUUAGUACGGUCAUACUUGUAACAUAUUCAAAUAAUUAUUUAUUAUAUUUUCAGUAUCAUACAACACAUUAUUAUAUAUCAUCUCUAAUACUAGUAAACGCUUAUGAUAUCACCUAAUAAAAAAAUUGAAGGCAGAGAUAUGCAUACUGGUUCUAUACUUGUAUGUUAUAUAUAUUCAAUAGAGUGGUGGACUUGUUCUUUCAACGUUUCCAAAAUCAUGUCUCACCACAUCUAUCCUCAUCCCUUCUCCUUCCUUCUUCUCCUCCCCUUCUUCUUCAUUGCCAUGAAUGCAGAAUCUGAUAAUUCGACAUACCCGAAUUGCCGAUUAGACCGCUGCGGUGAGGUCAAUAUCAGCUACCCGUUUUGGAAGAUGGACAGUGAAUCGACCUCCCAGUUCUGCGGUUAUGAAGGCUUCGGAAUCAACUGUUCCCAAAAUGGUGAUCAAAAUAUUUCCCAGAUUGCUUUAGGUGGCGAGUCUUACUACGUCCGGGGUAUAGACUAUGUACUCAGAAAUAUCUUCCUUGCCGAUUACAACGUUUUUCAGGUCACCAGUCUCUCCAACAGCUGCCCUCGGGUGCGCCAUAACAUUACCAUUGGAACCUUGCCUCUCUAUUUCGCGAUGUAUAGCGUUAAUCUUACUUUUCAUUUCGAUUGCAAUGGAUGCCCGUCGUUUGCGACUGAGAUACCAUGCUUGGAAGGAAAUGAGGGAAAGGCGUGCAUGGUUGCGAAUACGAGUAUGGAUUCGGAUUGGGGUGAAUACUCAUGUGAUCAUGAAGUGGUAACAACAGUGACCAAGGAGUUUAUGGACACGUUCCCUAAUCAUUCUGUUGAAUUCGGCAGGGUCUUGGAAAAAGGUUUCGGACUCCGAUGGGGGCAGGUAGACGGUUGCGAGAAGUGCGAAUCGUCUGGCGGCCAGUGCGGUCGCCACAUUUCGACAGGGUUAAUAUGUUUUUGCUCCGAUGGCACGACCAGAAGAGGCAAUUGCAAAGGUACCCGUCAAAAUUUGAGGAUGAAACUUGUUAUAGGAGUUGGAUCUGCACUACUAGCAGUUGUGGUUAUUUUCAUUAUAUAUUGUAUUUUUAAAUCCCCAUCGAGCAAUUGGGUAGCUUCAUUGAAGCAUAAAACCGAGGAUGACCGAAAUGUCGAGGCCUUUAUCAUGAAGUAUGGAGCCUUAAGUACGAAAAGGUACAAGUAUUGUGAUAUCAAGGAAAUGACAAACUCGUUUCAAAUUAAAUUAGGAUAUGGUGGUUUUGGAACAGUCUUUAAAGGAAAACUAUCUGAUGGUCGACUUGUGGCUGUUAAAGUUCUAAACUCCUCUAAAGCAAAUGGACAAGAAUUCAUAAAUGAAGUUGCAAGUAUUGGUAGGACUGCUCAUGUUAACAUUGUUACUCUCUUGGGCUUUUGUUUCGAAAAUAAAAAAAGAGCUCUGGUAUACGAGUACAUGCCAAAUGGAUCAUUAGAGAAGUUUAUACAUAGUCAUGAACGUAUGGAAACAAGUGAACACAUAGGAGUAAAAAGGUUGUAUGAGAUAGCACUUGGAAUAGCGAAUGGUCUCGAUUAUAUGUAUCGGGGGUGCAACACUCGGAUUUUGCAUCUUGACAUAAAGCCACAUAACAUCCUCCUCGAUGAAGACUUUUGUCCCAAGAUAGCAGAUUUCGGUCUUGCAAAGCUGUACUCAAGGAAAGAGAGUAUUGUUUCUAUGUUGGAAGCAAGAGGAACAAUCGGUUAUAUAGCCCCCGAAAUUUACAAUAAAAACUUUGGAGGCGUCUCUCAUAAAUCUGAUGUGUAUAGUUAUGGUAUGUUGAUAUUAGAAAUGGUAGGUGGAAGAAAAAAUAUAGAUGCUGGUGUAGGUUCUGGGAGAACCAGCGAGAUAUAUUUCCCUGACUGGAUUUACAGCCGCCUUAACAAGGAUGAAUUCUUGUUAGAUAGUCUAAAGACACCCGAGGAAAAUGAUUAUGCAAGAAAGAUGACGAUAGUUGGUUUAUGGUGCAUACAACCCGCACCAAAUCAAAGGCCAUCCAUUGAUAAAGUGAUAGAAAUGUUAGAGGGAAGCAUGGAAGCAUUGGAGGUUCCACCAAAACCAAUCUUUUCUUCUCCUCCACGAUCACCUGCUACCAUAUAUAGCAGAACAUCAGAAAGCAUCACAGAGAUAACAUAAUACAGAUUAGAACAUGCAAGAGAUACCUUAUACAGACAUUGAAUCUAGUCUGGAUUUAACCAUUGUGUUGGAAGUUUGCUCGCAAUUCCGGUGUUGCUACUUUAUUCCAAAACUAUCAGAUUUUUUAUGUAUUGUGAUUCUUAUAUAUUUACUCAGAGGUAAUGUUCACUCGAUUCUUCUUUUUGGCAUUCCUAAAAUGAUGCGUGAGACUAUGGUGUGAUGUAUCAGAGGCAUGCAUGUGCCAAGUGCCAUGCGACAUGUUGAACUUAAUUUUAUGUUAAAUCCCAAUUUUUUUCUUUUCCAA